UUUUUCCUUACUUUUUUUCCUUUACUUGUUUUUCCUUAUUUUCCUAGGCGCUCGGAUCUGUGGUAACCCAAUGAACAGUGUCACGUUCGCCGAACCAGAAAUGCGAACUGCAUGUUUCUGCGACCCGGGAACAUUUAUCGCUGCAAACUGGGGAUGUCCUUGCUGCAGAUGCUCAUCCCGGUCCCCCGCAAGCCACUCUCAGAUGCAGUCCACAUCCGAUCAGGACAUCGACUUUUGUUGCUGCUCCCAGAAUUCUAUCCAAUCGGAACAGACUUUAACUACCUCUUCGAAAUGCAGAUGCGCAAGGCAUCCGGAAGGCACUUCUGAGGAUCUACUCCCCAGCUAUUCUGACGAGGAUUCCGAAGAUCUAGUUUCUUUGGAUAGCUCAGACUCAGAGAAUCGGGGACUUGAAAUGCCAGAUCCUGAGGUUCUCCAGAAUUCUAGGCAAAGUACAAGUUCUUCUAGUUCUGGUGUUACUUCCAGCGAAAGUUCGGCCUAUUCUAGCUUUUCGGAUAGCGGUUCCAUGGGAUUGGACACACCUUUCGUGCCUCCACCUGGCACUUGGUAUGCCCCACCGCCAUGUUUUUACCCCCAGGGCGCCUGCUCUGCUUGUCCGCAGUCCAACUUUCUGGGAGCCCAACAGCAGACACCUCCACCGAUGACAACCUUCAAUCCGUUCUUGUGCGGAUCCAGCAUCAACGAUAUGUUCCAGACCCAAACUGUUUAUAUGACGGAUUACAGGCCGAUUUUAAGUGGGGGCAACCCUGCGCCCUUUUGUGGCGGAGGAUGCUGUUGCUCUCCUGAGCCACUUGCCACCAGUUGCUGGGAUAGUGAGUGCCUUCCGAGCGCUGGAUGCCCUGCCCCCUGUCCACCUGAUACUAUGUGCUGCAAUGGUCUGAGUGGCGACAUGUGCGGCGGAGCCUAUGGAACCGGCGGUAUCUGCAGCUCAGAUUCUCCAUACUUUCUUUUGGGUCAGCCUAGUCCCGGAUUCUGCUGCCAUCUUCCAUGCGGUACCAACAUAUACCCGACAUGUGGUCCUUAAGUUUACAUUGACGGACAGCAGCAAGAACGGGCAGAAGACCAUGUAUCAAUUGUGCAGUGAGAUCCUGAUUUAACAAUACACUGAUAAAAGCAAGUAACUUACUGAACAAACAAAUUAAAAAAUAUUCGGAUGAAGAUAAGAUUAAUGAGCUCACUAUUUAGAUUAUAUUUCAAGUAUUUUAAAAACGGAAAGAGUUAAUAAAGCAAAAUAAUAAAUAACAAUACAAUUUAGAUGUAAGUGAUACUCUC